GCUACUUCUUUUGGAAUCAAUCCGCGUGUUUUGCGCAGGAGAAAUUAACUUCGAACAGCUAGCCAUUGUAAUCAUGCCUGCUGGAGGAUUCUCUGCGCCAGCAACUACCGGCAUCGAGUUCGAAGCCAGGAUUACGCCUAUCGUAAUUAUUUCUUGUACCAUGGCCGCCACCGGAGGUCUGAUGUUCGGUUACGAUGUCGGAGUUUCAGGUGGUGUAACCUCUAUGCCGGAUUUCUUGAAGAAGUUCUUUCCGGUAGUGUACCGGAGGACGAGUGAGCCGGGGAUAGACAGCAAUUAUUGUAAAUACGAUAAUCAGGGAUUACAACUCUUCACUUCAUCUCUCUAUCUGGCGGGAUUGACCGCCACCUUCUUUGCAUCUUAUACUACAAGAAGGCUGGGCCGGAAGUUGACGAUGCUUAUUGCUGGAAACUUCUUCAUAGUUGGAGUAGCAUUCAAUGCCGCGGCAAAGAAUCUCGCAAUGCUCAUAAUAGGACGGAUCCUCCUUGGUUGCGGUGUUGGUUUCGCUAACCAGGCUGUUCCACUAUUCCUAUCAGAGAUAGCACCGACCAGAAUACGUGGAGAACUGAACAUACUGUUCCAGCUGAACGUCACCAUCGGAAUACUCUUCGCCAACCUCGUCAAUUACGGAACCGCUAAGAUCAAAGGAGGCUGGGGCUGGAGGCUCUCUCUGGGGCUGGCUGGGAUCCCUGCGUUUCUCCUAACCUUGGGGGCCCUCUUGGUGGUUGACACCCCUAACAGCCUCAUAGAGCGGGGUCGCUUGGAAGAAGGAAAAGCGGUACUGAGGAAGAUAAGAGGCACUGAAAAGGUCGAACCUGAGUUCCAGGAGCUCGUGGAAGCGAGUCGCGUGGCUAAACAAGUGAAGCACCCCUUCAGGAACCUCCUUAAGCGGAGGAACCGACCCCAGCUGCUCAUUGCAAUAGCCUUACAGAUUUUCCAGCAAUUCACGGGUAUCAAUGCGAUCAUGUUUUAUGCCCCGGUGCUGUUUAAUACAGUGGGAUUCCAUAGUGAUGCAUCUCUUUACUCGGCCGUCAUAACAGGAGCUGUCAACGUUGCGUCCACCGUCGUCUCUAUCUACUCAGUGGACAAGGUUGGACGUCGGGUGCUUCUACUGGAAGCUGGGGUCCAGAUGUUCUUCUCACAAGUGGUCAUAGCAGUGCUACUAGGGAUCAAGGUGACGGACCACUCAGACAACCUUGGCAAAGGCUAUGCUAUCCUAGUGGUGGUUAUGGUCAGCACGUUUGUUUCAUCAUUUGCAUGGUCAUGGGGGCCUCUUGGGUGGCUUAUUCCGAGUGAGACGUUUCCGCUGGAGACCAGAUCGGCGGGGCAGAGUGUGACGGUGUGCGUCAACCUGCUCUUCACCUUUGUGAUCGCACAGGCCUUCCUCUCAAUGCUCUGCCACAUGAAGUACGCCAUUUUCGCAUUCUUCUCUGGGUGGGUACUCAUCAUGUCCUUCUUUGUGUUAUUCCUUCUGCCAGAGACCAAGAACAUCCCCAUUGAGGAGAUGACCGAGCGAGUGUGGAAACAGCAUUGGUUCUGGAAGAGAUUCAUGGAUGACGAUGGCUAGUUGUAGGGGGGCUGUAAUUCUUAAUUCUGCAUCGUGUGUUUUCGUACUUUUCCCGUAAUGGCAUCGAUGCUUCUGCAUAGUUGUAAGAGAUAGUUGUGCACCCGUUUCAAUGAAUCGGGAUAAAUAGAUUGAUUAUUAGAAAACUAUUUUAAUCCUUUUAAUA